UAAGCUUAAACAACUGAGAUAUUCAAGCAUGGCUAGAUCAUCCCAAGGAAAGGUGAUAACUAUUCUUAGCAUUGAUGGUGGAGGUGUUAGAGGGAUCAUUCCCGGUACAAUUCUUGCUUUUCUUGAAUCCCAAUUCCAGAAACUUGACGGAAGUGAUGCUAGGAUCGCAGACUACUUUGACUACAUAGCAGGGACAAGCACUGGAGGUUUAGUUACCGCAAUGUUAACUACCCCAAAUGAAAAGAAUCGACCUUUAUUUCGUGCAGAUGAAAUUACUGAAUUCUAUCUGAAGGAGAGCCCACAUAUAUUCCCGCAAGAUAAAGCAAAGCCCCGGUUUAGCAUUCCCGGCUGGGAUACUGUAGUUAAUUGGGUUAAGGACCUUUACAACAGAUAUCUUGGCCCUGUAUACCAUAGUGCCGAAAAAAUUGUUGAUUGGAUCGAGUCCAUGUUGUUUCGUCCUAAAUAUGAUGGAGAGUAUUUGCGUGGGAAAAUCAAGAAUAUGAUUGGAGAUCGAAAGCUUAGCCAAACACUAACUAACGUUGUCAUUCCUGCCUUUGAUGUUCAUGAGUUUCAGCCAGUUAUCUUUUCAUCUUUACAGGCGAAAGGGGACGAUUCAAAGGAUUGUCUACUAGCAGAUGUUUGCAUCUCUACAUCUGCAGCACCAUAUUACCUUCCUCCUUAUCAUUUUGAAGUUAAGUCGUCCAAAGGUACCAAAAUAUAUAACACCGUCGAUGGUGGUGUUGCGGCCAAUAACCCUACUUUGCUAGCAAUACGAGAAGCAACACAAGAGAUGUGGAGAAGUUCAUCAUCAAGUAACAGAGCUAUAGAUGAUGUUACAUUUGUUAUACUUUCACUGGGCACUGGAUCAGCAAAAGGGGUUCUAAAAUUAGACGUUGAUGACGGUAAGACGUGGGGAUUGGUCAAUUGGUUUUUGGGGCCAGGAGAUAGCACUCCCCUCAUUGAUGUUUUUGAGUCUGCCUUGAGUGAUAUGGCUGAUAUUUAUACAUCUAUGUUCCUACAUGGCACUCCUUCAAAUGAUACUUACCUCAGGAUUCAGAUUGAUGGGUUGAAGUAUGAAGAUACAAUGACUGACAAUGCAAAAGAAGAAAAUCUGAGCAACUUGGUGGAUAUAUCAAAUGACCUGUUGAAGCGCCCUGUUUCUUCCGUCAACUUCGAAACUGGUUUUUAUGAACCCAUCUCAGACAAGCGCAAACCUGUAGGAAAAGCCGAUUGGACCAACGAAAUGGCUCUCGUUGAGUUGGCAAAAAAAUUGUCAGAUCAGAGAAAGCUCCGCCUCAAACAAAAGGCUUGAGCAAUCCCGUUGUAGUGCUGAAGCUCUAGGUUAAUUGCUGGAGACUUUGAAAAUAAAUACUCUGGCUAGCUUUAGGUGUCUAACAUCUCUUUGUUUUAGACUGUAAUUGCCGGAUGAUAAUAAACUUAAAAGUUUAAUGCUGAAAUAAGAUAGUAUCUCUUUGUUUAAAGGCAAAUGAUGAACAUCUCUGC